GGUACUUAAGGCGGAGGCCGGCCCGGGGCUGCACUCUCCGGCGUCUGAGCAGCUCGCGGGACUGUCUUUCCUUCGCGUCCUCGCCGCACCCGUCGGAUCCUUUCUCCAAGAAGAAAAAAAUGGCAUCCGUUGCAGUCGAUCCACAAUUGAGCGUGGUGACCAGGGUCGCCAACCUACCCUUGGUGAGCUCCACCUACGAUCUCUUGUCCUCUGUGUACGUCAGCACAAAGGAUCAUCAUCCCUACUUGAAGUCUGUGUGUGAGAUGGCAGAGAAGGGUGUGAAGACCGUGACCUCCGUGGCCUUAACUGGUGCUCUGCCCCUCAUCCAGAAACUCGAGCCACAGAUUGCUGUUGCUAAUACCUAUGCUUGUAAGGGGCUAGACAGAAUUGAGGAGAAGUUGCCUAUUCUGAAUCAGCCAACAACCCAGGUUGUUGCCACUGCCAAAGGUGCUGUGAUUGGGGCUAGAGAUGCUGUGACGACUACCGUGACUGGAGCCAAGGACUCUGUGGCCAGCACGAUCACAGGGGUAGUGGAUAAGACCAAAGGAGCAGUGACUGGCAGCAUGGAGAAAACCAAGUCCAUGGUCAAUGGCAGCAUUAACACAGUCUUGGGCAGUCGGAUGAUGCAGUUUGUGAGCACUGGGAUGGAAAAUGCGCUCACCAAAUCAGAACUACUGGUGGACCAGUACCUCCCCCUCACUGAGGAAGAGCUAGAAAAAGAAGCCAAAAAAGUUGAAGGAUUUGAUACGGUUCAGAAGCCAAGUUAUUACGUUAGGUUAGGAUCCCUGUCUGCCAAGCUCCGCUCACGUGCCUACCAGCAGGCUCUUGACAGGGUUAAAGAAGCUAAGCAGAAAAGCCAAGAGACCAUUUCUCAGCUCCAUUCAACCAUUCACCUGAUUGAAUUUGCCAGGAAGAACGUGCAUAGUGCCAACCAGAAAAUCCAGGAUGCCCAGGAUAAGCUCUAUCUCUCGUGGGUGGAGUGGAAGAGAAACAUUGGCCAUGAUGAUACUGACGAGUCUCACUGUGCUGAGCACAUUGAGUCACGUACUCUUAUUAUUGCCCGCAACUUGACUCAGCAGCUGCAGACCACGUGCCACAGCCUCCUGUCCAACAUCCAAGGACUGCCACAGAACAUCCAGGAUCAGGCCAACCACUUGGGAGUGAUGGCAGGUGACCUCUACUCCGUGUUUUACAACGCUGCCUCCUUGAAGGAAGUGUCUGACAGCAUCCUCAUUUCUAGCAAGGGGCAGCUGCAGAAAAUGAAGGAAUCUUUAGAUGAUGUGAUGGAUUACCUUGUUAACAACACGCCCCUCAACUGGCUGGUAGGUCCCUUUUAUCCUCAGCUGACUGAAUCUCGGGAUGCUCAGGCCCAAGUUACAGAGAUGUGCAACAUCAGCCAGGAGGCGCAGCCAUCUGAGCACAAAACUCAAUGAAUCUAUUGCUGUCACCAGCGCACGAGGCAGCCUUUUCAUAUGUCAAAAUUAACCUGCCAGACAGCACUACAUUGGGGAAAACUAGUCGGCUAGAAAACACGGGGCCUAUCACUGUAGUAGUAAUUUCCAGCUUUUUCACAAUUUCUGUAUAUGCAGAUGAGUUCUAUGUACCCAUUGGUAACAAUGGAAAUGAUAAAUUUGUCAGUGCCUAGCCAGAACUCAUCAACAGUUCAAGUGUACUUUGAUCUCAUUCUGUGGCCAUUUUGUUGGUGCUGUUACUGUUUCUAUUGAAUAAAAACGUUUCCAUAGGGCUGUGGUAUGAACGGGCAUCUGUUCCAGUACAACCUGAGCAGGUCUUGUCACAGGGUAUCUUAUGAUGCAUGCUUGUACAAUUUGAUUGAACUCUAUUCCUUAGAAGGGAUGCUACUUUUGAAUCAAUAAAACUCAUUGUAGAUCA